AUGACAUCCAACACUAACACCUACCGUUCAUCCUCCGCGGCGUCUCUUAAAGGUUGUUGUUGUUGUAUCGUCCUCUUAUUUUCGUUCCUCGCCCUCCUCUCACUCGCAAUCAUUUUAAUAAUAGUCCUAGCAAUAAAACCAAAAAAACCACAAUUUGACCUCCAACAAGUAACAGUUCAAUAUAUAAAUUUUGUGAGUACACCAACUAACACAUUUGAUCCUUUGUCAAACACUGAAUCAAUAUCUUUAGUACUACAAAUGUUGUUUACCGUGAAAAAUGAUAAUAUAGCUGGAAUCAAGUAUAGAGAUUCCAGCUUUACUAUCAUGUAUCGUGGUGUACCAUUAGGUAGAGGGGUUGUACCAGGUUUUUAUCAAGAUGCACAUAGUGUAAAACAUGUUAAAACGACGAUUAAUGUGGAUCGUGUUAACUUGUUGCAAUCCGAUGCUGAUGAUUUGGUUAAAGAUGUUUCAGUUAAUGAUCGAGUUGAGCUUCGAGUUUUGGGUGAUGUGAAUGCUAAGAUCCGGAUUAUUGGGAUUACUUCGCCUAGUGUGCAGGUAUCAUUAGAUUGUUCGAUAGUCAUAAGUCCAAGUAAGCAAUCUCUCGUUUCGAAGCAAUGUGGAUUCGAUGGGUUGCAAGUUUGA